AUCAAGGCUUCCGAAGGCGGUGGUGGAAAAGGCAUAAGGAAAUGCAAGAAUGAAGCGGAUUUCAAAGAGAAUUUUGUUCAAGUGCAGACCGAAGUGCCAGGAUCGCCUAUCUUCAUCAUGAAAUGUGUUGAAAAUGCUAGGCAUAUUGAAGUGCAACUCAUAGCUGACAGAUACGAGAACGUUAUCCCGGUAUUCACUCGGGACUGUUCUAUUCAGCGAAGAUGUCAGAAGAUUAUUGAAGAGGCUCCAGCAAGUAUCGCUCCGAAGGAAACUCUUAGAAAAAUGCAAGAAGAUGCGGUUAGGAUUGCGAAACUGGUUGGCUAUGAAUCAGCUGGUACUGUGGAAUACAUGUACCUUCCAGACGAAGACAAAUACUUCUUCCUUGAACUCAAUCCUAGGCUUCAGGCGCUCAUUUGGUCAGUAUUUACCGAGACAAGCGGCUCCCAAUGA